CCCCGCCUCGUUCCUCCUUACAUACCAACUAGUUCUGAGUAAAAAUGGUGAAGGCAUGGUUUUACAAGGAGUAUGGAUCUGUAGACGUCCUGCAAUUUGGGGAAAUCCCAACUCCAAGUGCAGGGCCUGGUCAGGUUUUGGUUAAAGUUCGCGCAGCUGCUCUCAAUCCUGUCGAUUUCAAGAUACGCCAAUAUGGCGUCCUGCGCAGCGCGGAUGCCCCGUUUCCUGUGGUGCCGGGGUGUGACUUAGCAGGAGUCGUUGUCGAGGUGGGCGACGGCGUGUCGAAAUUUAAGAAGGGCGAUGAAGUUUACGGCGACAUUCAGGAUUUCACGGCAGGAAACCCUAAGCAGGUGGGUACUCUGGCAGAGUUCACGGUGGCGGAAGAGCAUCUCUUGGCGUUGAAGCCCACCAAUUUGUCUUUUGAGGAAGCCGCCAGUUUGCCGCUUGCGCUCUUAACCGCGCUGCAGUCGUUCGAUACAGUUGGUUUUCAAAAGGGGCAGAGCGUAUUUAUUGUGGGAGGCGCAGGCGGCGUGGGCAGCCUGGCAAUCCAGCUGGCAAAGCAUGUUUUCGAAGCUUCUAGAAUCGUUUCGACUUGCAGCACGGGGAAAGUGGAGUUUGUGAAGAACCUGGGGGCGGAUCUGGUGGUGGAUUACACCAAGCAGAGUUACGAGCAAGUAGAUGAGAAAUUCGACUUUGUUUUCGAUACCAUAGGCGAAUCGUUCAAUUCUCAUGUGGUUGUAAAGGAGGAGGGUAAAAUUGUGGACAUUGCAUCGUUUCCUCCGCACCAGAAAGCAGUAAACGUGCUUGUGAAACCCCAAGGUAGCAAUCUGGAGAGGCUGGGGAAAUACAUAGAGAGCGGGAAACUGAAACCUGUAAUCGACCCAAAGAGCCCGUAUGCGUUUUCUGAUGUUGUGGAGGCAUUCAAACACCAGGAAAGUGAGCGAGCCAGAGGAAAGAUUGUGAUUUCCCACAUUGAAUGAGCGGUGUUUGUUUCAACGCUGAGAACGUCGUUGCAAAAUAGUUGUGUAUAAGACUGCCAUUAACGUAGGCGAUCUAAUAGUCAAGGCUGUUUUAGAAAUUCCGCUACAGGCUAGUCGAGAACAGAUAAAUAAAAAAGUUGUACAUAUUAAUAGUCUAUCCUCAAUGAACAUACAUUAUUAACACAAA